UCCUCUGCUUGAGCCGGUGGAAUUUCAGUGAAACUUCGAUUUUCUGUAAGUAUGGUCUAGUGAAGCUUUAUGUAACCACAUAAUGCAGGUACACUCUCGCAACUGUGAAUAAUGCUUGCUAGAAUAACAUUCCUCUCACAGAUAGGCGGUGGAAUUUUACAGAAGAAGUGAAAAAUCUACUUCCGGUUUUAUGAUUCUUGCUAAUCAGUUCCUGAAUAUGUUCGUUAUGACGAAAAGAAGCUUCUUUAUAGUCAUAGAAUUUUAAAUUGAUCAAACAUUACUAGUUAAAGCAUUUCCAUAUCAUUCUCAACACCACCUGGAGCUAAUCAAAUAAGCUCAUAUUUACCAGUUUACGGGAAUGUUUAUUUUUAAACCCACCAAUGUGGUGUUAGUGGUCUGUUUAUGUCGGCCCGAGCAGGCAAUCUCUCUUCAAUCGUCUCACUUGUGCCUGUGACGACUCGCUGUGAUAGCAUUUUUAGCUGGAGGAAGGGACUGUAGCCUGAGUAUUCGGUGUUUCUGUGAGAAAUGAAGAGAGAACUGAAAAGGAUGAGAGCGAAACGAAACAAAAAGCUUUUCUGUCUCAAUAUUGAUUCUCUAUUCCCACUAGCCUCCGACGCAGGGGUUCGUCACGCGUUGCUGCCCCCUACCCCUCCUCGAACCCCUUAGAACAUCCGCCGCGUGGGAGGCUAUAUUCCCACUUCGCCGCUCCGUCAUCUAAAAUUUCCUCUCCUCCCACCCCUAAGGUAGGCCUGAUACUCAGGUUAAAAGGACUAGGAAGAAAAUUCAUUGUGACAAGUGAAGGUCUUGUAAUGUCCAGAAGAAGUCGGUUUCUGAGCUCAUAUGAACUGGUUUUCUAGUUUGGAGAUUCUUCAGGAGCGAGACGUCCAUGAAGAUCAGCUGAAAUACAUAAAACUGGAAGAAAAGCAAGAUUUCAAAUACCAUGAAACCUUUUUAUGGCUAAUAUCAAUUUGCAUUUUUGACGCUUGGGGUUAACUUUUAGGCCGUUUGACGGCUGACGGUUAUAAUCCCACUGAGACCCUCUUUUAAUAUAGUAAAUACUACAUGUAGCAUGACAAGAAGACUCCCUGUUAGAACGUACUGUGAAAAGGCACCAUUAUUUUUCAGUGAUAGGAAAAAGGUGUAAGGAGAGAUUUUCCAUGAAUUCUUUAUUUGCCUCGAAUUUCGUAUAUAGCUUUCAAAUGUUCGCUUUGAUGUUGUUUUCAGUAAUUCAUACUGAAUUUGCAUAAAUAAGUUUUAGCUCCGAAAAAAGGCUCGUGCCAUUUUUUAAUUAUCCUUUGUUUCAUUUGCUUUGUGUUCGCUAGGUAAUAAUCAUAGAAAAGCCAACAGUGUUCCUUAACAAACAAAACUAAUUGCUCGUUCUCUUUUCAAUUAUAUACAUUUUACGUCAAUGUUGACUCUUGAAAGAAUAUUUAAUUUCUUAAUAAUGGUUUAUUUGACUUUAGUCUAUUUUUCGUGAUCAGUUUUACUACCGGGCGACAUUUAUUCAUAGAAACGCCUUUCGUGCAGGUGCAUCUAGUUUUAACUGCAACUUAAGUUAUAUUAUUAUUCAUUCAAAAUAUUUCCCCGAUUCUGAUUGGCUAAAAGCACACGUUUAAUUCACCAUAACCAGUUACUGAUGACCAAAUUUGGAAGAAUUUUGACUUUAACGAGGAAAUGACGUCAAAAAUGCAGCGUUUUCGCAGGUUAAGGCACCGUUAACCGAGAAGACCUGGGNAGGACUUAUUUUGAAUGAAUAAUAAUUAACAGUUAUUGAAUUCGGCUUUCGUAUCAUAUGAAGAAUUAUGGAGAUCUCGGAGGGUGUUAUCCGCCUCGGCCUACGGCCUCGACGGAUAACACCCUCCUCGAUCUCCAUAAUUCUUCAUAAGAUACUCAGCCUCAUUCAUUAACUGUUAAUUUAUUUGCGAAAAUAUAUUUCAUUAAGUUGUUCGUUAAAGAGAGGUCUGAAUAACCGAAUUUUGAAUAUGAAAGGAUUUGCGGUCUUGCAAUUUUAAAAUUAGAUCGGUUUUUGUUUAAGGUGAAAACUUCCAAUUAGUCUGCGCUUCUUCUGUUUAAACAGCCGAUAGCUGAACUUGCAAUUUAAUUCAUAUUGUAACACUUUGUAUAUAAACUCUGUUUUGCUGACCUGGCUAGGUGUUUGUCUCAGUACUUUUACUUUCUAAAAUAGCAACAGUAACAACAGAUUUCAGGUUAAAAAUAGAAUUUGUAUCUAGUUUUCAUUUAACUCUAAGUGAUUUUUUUAUAUUUCUAUUGUAUUCUUUUGUCUUCAAUGGUUGUAAAAAUCAUAUAUAAGUAAGUUAGUUUUUACUGAUUGCCGAUUAUUUCGCCGUGCCCUAGCCGAGUUAUUGCUGUUUGAUCCGCUGAAGAAUAAACGCUGUUGGAACCUAGUUUAGUUCUGUUUUAUCCACUGCUGUACCAGUUAGUGAUCAGAUUCCGGUCCUACAGAGAAGUGACGGCUCUUCCCCGCAAGCGAGGUGCCAUUUGAGUCUAGUUUUCCCCAGUUUUAUCGUGAGUCAAGCACCGAGUUCCCGUUGAGCCUUAAAUUGGUUUCAAAGUGGAAAAACCUUCCGUCACAAAGGGGAUCCUAAUCUGUCAAAAAUGGUAUGUAAAGGGUAAGGGGUUGGAUCUCGGGGCGGAGCUUACCCGCAUAAAACUUUGAGGAGUAGGCUGCCCCGUCCCCUGGGAGAGGGCUUCUUGCUACGUGUAAGCAGGGUUUCAUGCCGGAGUUUUCAUUGUAUUCGUAGCUUCACUCUUUCCUUCUCGCUCCCCGACAACAAAGCCCUUGCUGGUACAGUUUAUGAAUCACUGAAAUUUGUCCCUACAAAAGGGAGGCAAAUCCUGUUUUCCAACAAAACAACCAAACCAAUAACAGCUUUUAUCCCCAGUUUUUCUUUACUGAAGACAACUGAACGUACUACAGUUAUCUAAAACCAUUCAAUUGUCGUUUCUUUAUAGGGGUAACUGUAGGCCAUUUAUAAGUGCUUACCAUGCGGUCAAUCUACCUUCUUUUCCUUCAUGCUGUGUUCAUUGGUUUUGCCCGACACACCAAAGUAACUGCGAAGAGGCAUUGCCCCAAGUUUACUUCUUGUAUUGACAGCUAUGCUGACAUUUAUAAAUCCCUAGCAUCAGAGGAGAACAGUUUCAACAUUGAAUCUGCGCUGUAUCCAGCAAUGACGCCAUCAUCACUUGUAGUUAAAGUAGAGUUCAUUAUAAACAAUGAAACAUCAGUGGCAAAUUACACUUGGAGUUUAAACUGUUUAUAUGUUGCUAUUCCUCCUCAAGUCCUCCAGCUCUUGUCGCUUGGGUCCGUUCUUGUUACACCACGCACACAAGAGCUGAAAAUCUGUAUCCCCGAUUUCUGUAGAAAUAUUGCAUCGACCAAGGAGCAGAAAGACCUCAUGAAAGGUGUUCUCUCUGCGGUACGCAACUGUAUGUCUACUUUUCUGUAAUAGUUUACACUAAUUACAGGAGUGACAGAGAAACCGAGAUUAUACAAUUAAAAGAGGAUUAAUCNUCACAAAGGGGAUCCUAAUCUGUCAAAAAUGGUAUGUAAAGGGUAAGGGGUUGGAUCUCGGGGCGGAGCUUACCCGCAUAAAACUUUGAGGAGUAGGCUGCCCCGUCCCCUGGGAGAGGGCUUCUUGCUACGUGUAAGCAGGGUUUCAUGCCGGAGUUUUCAUUGUAUUCGUAGCUUCACUCUUUCCUUCUCGCUCCCCGACAACAAAGCCCUUGCUGGUACAGUUUAUGAAUCACUGAAAUUUGUCCCUACAAAAGGGAGGCAAAUCCUGUUUUCCAACAAAACAACCAAACCAAUAACAGCUUUUAUCCCCAGUUUUUCUUUACUGAAGACAACUGAACGUACUACAGUUAUCUAAAACCAUUCAAUUGUCGUUUCUUUAUAGGGGUAACUGUAGGCCAUUUAUAAGUGCUUACCAUGCGGUCAAUCUACCUUCUUUUCCUUCAUGCUGUGUUCAUUGGUUUUGCCCGACACACCAAAGUAACUGCGAAGAGGCAUUGCCCCAAGUUUACUUCUUGUAUUGACAGCUAUGCUGACAUUUAUAAAUCCCUAGCAUCAGAGGAGAACAGUUUCAACAUUGAAUCUACGCUGUAUCCAGCAAUGACACCAUCAUCACUUGUAGUUAAAGUAGAGUUCAUUAUAAACAAUGAAACAUCAGUGGCAAAUUACACUUGGAGUUUAAACUGUUUAUAUGUUGCUAUUCCUCCUCAAGUCCUCCAGCUCUUGUCGCUUGGGUCCGUUCUUGUUACACCACGCACACAAGAGCUGAAAAUCUGUAUCCCCGAUUUCUGUAGAAAUAUUGCAUCGACCAAGGAGCAGAAAGACCUCAUGAAAGGUGUUCUCUCUGCGGUACGCAACUGUAUGUCUACUUUUCUGUAAUAGUUUACACUAAUUACAGGAGUGACAGAGAAACCGAGAUUAUACAAUUAAAAGAGGAUUAAUCAAAGUCAUAAAGAAUCCAUACUCUUACACAAAAUUCUUACACUUUAGGAGCCAACACCAAGAGGAAUUAUUGUUGGAGCAAGAAUUUAUCAAAUCCAGUCUUGUAAAAGUUUUAAAAAGGCAGAGAUGUAGAUUUUAUGUCGCAUUUCGGAAGUGUCAAACAAGUUUUGACACUUUUUUUUUCAAUUUAAGAAAAGCGUCGCGUAACUCCUUUAUUACAAAAUCAUAACAAAAUCUAUGAAUCACCUUGUUUAGUCAUUAAAAUGAAAAUAAGGUUGUUUUCUGCGGAGUAUCAGUGUUGCUAUAGAAGCCACUAAGGUCUAGACCAUAAAUUGUUCUCCAAUUUUAAACUGGGUGUUGAAUAUUUUAUUGUUGCAUUAACUGGUAAAAAAAGUGGCAAUAUGUGUUGUGUGUUUGUUCAACCAGUUGGGUCUCUAUCGUAUUAUACAAAUAUUGAUCAUAUUAAACAUAUUUCUUUUUCACAGCUUCAAGAUCUGCAUGGCCGUGAGUCCAGGAGUACGGGAUCCAAGACUUAACACAGUAGAUUGCGUUAUAGAGGGACAUGAAACAGACAUAAUGGCUACAGGACAGAGUUCGUACAUAAGAGCAAUUUUAUGGUGCGCUUUUAUUUUUUCAUUCUGGGCUGGUCCUUAUUUAGCGGAAAUUAUUUUAGGUGUGAUAGAACAGAGAUCCCAAGGUAAUCAAAGUCCAACUGCAACCUCAUCCGCCGGGACGGGGCAAGUUGAAGUUGCUAUAGAACUCCUUGAUCCCCAGGCUCCCACUUCCCCGGGCCCGGGAGAAAAUAUUUCGGAGCCCCUGAUAAGGGCAAUAGAUUGGGUAUGUCGUUUAUUGCUUUGUGUAGAAAUUAUAAUAUUAGGCUUUAUAUUCAAAUUUUCUGAAUCAGGAAAUGCCCCAAUUGAUGUUUACAUAUAUAUUGGGAUCCUUAUUUUGGAAGGUGUGGUAUUAACUUGCAUAAAAAAAUGCCAUUCCAAAAGAGUCUUUAUAUCAACAUUUUGUUUAAUCUUUACAUCCCAUCAUUUUUGUUGGCUGGUGACCGGCAUUAUGAUUAAUCCAGUGUGGGGACUAACGGUUUUGCUCCUAGCUUGCUUUUCUGUCAACUUGUUAACUUUCCUGCUCUGCCAGAUUUUUGAGGGAGGCAAUUUCAAAUGCAGUCGAGACGACAUCAUGCAAAUCGUUGUAUGUGGUAUUACCUUUUGCGGUGGUUUCUCGCUUGUUGCGUCAGCAGUUUUAGCGGGACAGUCGUUUUAUGGAACGGGGACUGCGGACGAGCUGGUGAAAACCGUAUUGUUGUCUGUUAUCAGCCUUGGUACUUCACUGUUGUCUUGGCUGAGUAAAAAACGUUAG